AUGCCGAUCUCUUCAAACACUAUAACCGAACUAAAAAAGACGACAGCCCAACUCGACUUCCUCCUCACCGUCUCCAACAUCAAAAUCAAGAAAAUCCCAACCCAUCAUCAACUUUGCGUCAUCUGCCAAGAGCCAUUCGACAACAACGCGUGGAAGCUCGGAGACACAGUCAACAGUCCCGUACAGCUAGACUGCGGCCACAUCUUCGAUAUCCAAUGUCUGGCCCACCUCGUCUUCACAUCCGACUUCACCAACCGCUGCCCUCUCUGCCGCGCGCAGCUCAUGCCGACGUCCUUCGACAGAAACCCCAGUGGUCAAAGCUGGAAGGCGGCCGUUCCGCUCUUGCGCCUUUUGAUGAUGUUCGGCGGCGAUCCGGUGACGUUUUCGAAGAAGAACGCCCUCGAUGUGUUGCUGAAUGGACUGGAGCGGGAAGGGCUGACGGGCACUGUGGCGGGCAAGCAUAUGCAUCGUGUCAUGUUCUUGUACGAAGAGUUCUUGAAACAGUUCUGUGAGCAGCCGCAGCCGACGGCGACGGAGGCCCUGGAUCUUUCUGCGGAUGAGGAGGCACGAAUGCAGGAUUUCGUUAGGGAACGAGAAGAACUCGAGCGGGGGCUGGAAGAGUUGCGGGUAUCGUUGGCGCAGCGGCAAGAGCUGGCUAGGUCUAGGGCUGAGAGAAAGUUGAGGGAUGUCAAGGAGGAACUGCAGGAGGUCGAGGAGGAGCUACAGGACGUGACGGAGGAAUUGCACGAAAUCAAAGAGGAAGUGCAGGAGGUCAGGAAGCAAGGGAGGCGGUUUAAGAAGGCGUUGGAGGGUGUCACAAAAGAGUUGGCAGAGGUUAAGAGAAAGGCUCAAGAACAACUAGGAGAGGCCAAGAAGGAAGGCCAAGAUCUCAAGAAGCAAUUGCAGUUUGCCAAGAACGAAGUAACUGAGGCCAAGGAGCAGGCUCGGAAGGAAUUGGAGGGUCUGAACAAGAAUGGAAAGAGGCCAUGGAGAAGGCUGUGA